CAAGUGUUUGGAAAGGUAACCUGAGGUGGCCUUGUAAGGAUGUUUGCGGCUACAUGUGUCCUGUGGUUACUGUGGCACUGUGGCUGACGGGGAAGUGUGCAGUAUGCGGUGCUGCAGUGGCUCCCAGGUGACUGAGGCCACUAGCUUCAGGGGACCCCAGGGUCUGGGUAAGGCUAAUGCUGAAGGCAAGCCCUCCCCACAAGGCUGGACUCCUCAAAGGCGGUGCUUUGUUUACAACCCCUACCUCCUUGGCUCAGCAUUCUCUUCUGUGGUUCCAAGAAGCCCAAGCUCUCCCCUGGACUGUCCUAGAAGGGGGAUCCUCCCUCUUCGAAUUUGGAGCCUGACACAUCUCACAUUCCAGGGUGCUUUUUAGUUCCUUCCCUCUGAACAGUACAGUACUGUGGGGGAAGCUUGCUUGCCUGAGGUGACCUGUCAUGGCGCUGGAUGCUUGCAAAGGGACCUGAGGGUGCCAGGAUAUAGAGCUUUGACCUUCUUUGAGCAAAUGUCCCAGAGAGUUUGAAUUAAAGAUUAUGUUAGAUGUUGUGAGGAAAUGCAACUAAGAAAGCCAUAUAAGAGAUAGUCUGUUGUAUAGGUCAUAUGAUACCCAGAAGACAAAUGAAAAACAGAACCAAGCAAAACAGCUGCCUGGUGGAACACACCUGUAAUCCAGGCUUCUUGAGAGACUGAGGAAGGGAGAAUGCCAAGACCAACCUUGGCUAAGUUGCAAGACUCUGUCUCAAAAUGUUACAGAACAAAGGUCUGAAGAUAGAGGCUCAAUGGUAGAACAUUUGCCUAGCAUGUGAAAGGCCUUAGGAUCAAUCCCUAAUACUGAAAAAGUAAAAUAAAAUAAGAGAGAGAGAAAGAAAUGAAAAAAGAAGAAUUUGCUGUAGAGUCAUAUGAACACUAUCUAAUGUGUGUGACACUGGUAAAAGCAUCAGAGAUGAUUUUACCAUCAAAUAACUGAGGCCAGACGAAAGAUCCCAGCUGGUGCUUUGCCACCCUUAACACCCAUCUCCAACAUUUUCAUUGUAAAGAGUCUACAGAGGCCGGAUGUGGCAGCUCACACCUUCAGUCCCAGAGUAUAGCUGGCUGAAGCAGGGCAGGGAUCCAGAGGGUGGCCCCAAUCAGACCUCAGAGCAAGUCCUCAGCUACCUAAUGAGACCACAUCUCAAAAACAAAACCCAAAGGGAGCCUGCACAGUCACAGCCUUUGGUUGUUUAGCAGCAGCUCUGUCUGAAGGAUGCAUACUUAAUGUUAGAAACCUGACUUUGCUUCCCAGGGUGAGAUAUAUUUACACUUUAUACUCAAGGGAACAAGAGUUGUCUGUGUUGCUAUGUGUUUAGACAUUUGAGAAAGCUUUGUUUAGAAAAUAGUAUCUUUAGUUUUCAGAAGCUGGGGGAUUAUAUAAUAGGAGAAACUGAAGCAUUUCUUUCUAUAUCUACCUUCAGAGACUGUAAAAGACACCGUUAGAUAACAGACACUCAUUGACAGUUACCCACACAGGCAUGACUUAUCUGCCUGCUGUGCAGGGUGCCAGUUACUGAAAGUUUUGCAAAAGGUAGUUUAUUCUCAAGGUGGCCAGGUAUGAGGGACACCCAAGUCCUCAGAUCUGUAAACAGGACCUGGAGCUAUUGUAAGGACAGAGGUAGGUGGGAGAAAGUGUUGGGGUGGAGCACAGGUAAUUAAACUUCAUGAUUCUUUCUGGGACAUGAGUUCAGAAGUGAGUGUGUCAGGGUGGUCUGAUGGUGAAGUUUUCAACCCCAGACACUAUGACAGGCCCAAGUGAAGAGGCAGGGAUUUUUCACAAAGUGGCCUUCAGGUCCCCAAAAAGUAAAGUAGGCAAUUGGUGUUACCACAAUCCACUUGUCCGGUGUCACCUCCAGCAAAGUUGUAGGAGAAAGUAGUGUUUCAUUCACCUGCAGGACCUCCAAAAUGGACGAUUUUUGGAGCCAACUAAAAGCAAGUAACCAAGAGGGAGCCUGAGGUUCUGAAGGGCGAAAGGGUGUCAAGUGUACAGGGAAAGAGCCCAGUUCUCUCGCUCUUGCUCUCUCUCUCUCUCUCUCUCUCCUGCUCUCUCUCUCUCUCUCUCUCUCUCUCUCUCUCUCAUCACUCUGUCUCUUUCUCUCUCUCUCUUUUGGAGACAGGGUUUCUCUCUGUAGCCCUGGCUGUCCUGGAACUUGCUCUGUAGACUAGCUGUGCUUGAACUCAGAGCUCUAAUUGCCUCUGUCUCCUGAGUGCUAAGUGCUGGGUGCUGGGAUUAAAGGCAUGGGCCAGCAUACUUGGCCAGUGGUUACAUUAUUGAGAAUAGCUCACAGUCUUUGUAAAUUGCUUCUGAACUUCAAGGAAUACAGUGUUACAAUGACAGGCCCUUUUUCUGUAAAUGCCUAAUAGAUGGCUUGUGGCUUUUAACAUGAAUGCUGAGUACCUUUCACAGGUUAGGGGCUCUGUUGUACGCACUGAAUCUAAGUUGUAGCCAGUCACAGCAGGCACCCUAGAUGUUAAAAUCAGGAUAAAACAGCUGGCAGCAUUUACAAGGCAAUUAUUGAAAUAUGCACCGUGAUCCCAGAGUUAGUAACACAUGUGGGCAGAUGUCUUAGAACUGAUGAAGUGCAGGCUGCUGCUACAGCUGACCACGAUGGCUGCUCACACUGCCCAAGUGCUCUUCUUAAUCUGUACAGAAAUACAUUAAUUUACCCAGCAUCCGCCACGUCCCUGUCUGCUGUACAUAUCCCCACUCUAAAGAUGAGGAAGUCAAAGCAUAGAGAAAGAAGCAACUUGCCUAAGGCUGUCUACCCGGUAAGCGGUAGAACUAGGCUUAAACAAAUAAGCCUGGCUCAGGAGCUCCUAAGCACAUGCAUGCUGCUGAGGGGCACACUGCCCCUGGCCCUGGAAUGUCUCUGCAUAUGAGCUAAUUGAGGCUUGAAGGACUAGGCAGUAAACAAGGGGCUCUUCAGGCAGGGCAAGCUGGCCCUGGCCUCGAGCCUGUGACCCCUGUGCUCUGUGCCAGGGCUUCCAGUGACUUCUCCUGACUGUUUGCUCUUGUGAUGACUUACUGCAAGUUCUCAGCCACUGAAGCUUUUGCUGUGAGGAGCAGGUCACGUGACUUCAAUGACUGCAUCCUCUGGCCAUCAGAGCACUCGGUAGCACUGUCACAAAAUAAAGAGCAAACACGGAGCUCAGGGGAAGACCAUGCUGGCUUUAGUGAGCUGUCACUCAUGUGUACCAUGUGCAAGGGCUGGGCUGGGCGAGAAUCCAAGAAGGUGGAGACUGAACAUUGUGGUGUGGUUUCCGACAUCCGAGAUGCCUGUGUUCUACUGCAGAAAUAACGAGAAGAAGGUGCACACUGGCUGUUUGCCUUGUCCAGCAGGUGUCAGAGGAGGCAGGGCUGAUGAGAGCUGGAGAGCCCCAGGCUUACCUGGACCUGUCUGUGGCAGGGUCAGACAAAGGCAUUGGUGGGGAGGGUACCCCAUCAUUAAGUCCCUGCCCUGGGCUUUUCUAGAGGUAGCAUACAGAGGACACAGGAUUGCCCUAUGUGGAGAUCGCAUUCUGAUGAAGAGAGACAGCCUCUGGGAGAAAGUCCAGUCAGGUCUCUGGGAAGCAAAACCAAGGGUGCUGGGUGCUGAGGCUGCACCCCUGAACGUGCUGCACAGCACAGCCUUUGCUCCCAGCCUGUCCCCUUCCUCCUCUGAAUGCUUAGUCUCCUCGACUCUGAGACCCUCCAGGGCCUACAGCCUGUGUUUGCAUUAUUUCAAGAGGAAGAGGCUGGCUCAGAAUGGCUCUUUAGAAGACCAGCUGCCUCUGGCUAGUGGCAGGGCUGUGUCACUCUAAGGUUGUAACUUUCAGGGGCUGUGGGCAACAGGCAUCCUGAAAUGAGUUUCCUGAUAUUGGGAGAAUGACACAAGGCAGGAGAAGCCAGAACAGAGUUGGCUUGCUGUAAAGUGCGUUGCAUCAUUCUCAUAAGGAACUGGUACUCUGUGGCUCACCAGGAUGCAGCAAAACUUGUGCAGCCUUGCUGUACUGAGCACAGGUGUUAUCAGAUCUGAUCCCUUGUGUGUCAGCAGGGAGGGCGGAAACGUUACUAGUUCACUGUCAGCAUUUAGCUGGUUUUAUUCUACCCUUAUUAAGAGGAUCCUUCAGUUUUUCCUCUGUCACGUCUCUACAUACACAAUAAGGAAAACAUAAAUGUUAGCUAUGUUUGUUUUUGUUUUAUUUUGUUUUGUUUUUCAAUACUUUUUUCGCCAGGCAGUGGUGGCUCACACCUGUAAUCCCAGCACUCAGGAGGAAGAGACAGGCAGAUCUCAGUGAGUGUGAGGCUAGCCUGGUCAACAGAACGAGUUCUAGGGCAGCCAAGGCUACACAGAGAAAGCCUGUCUCCAAAGACAAAACAAAAAACAAAAACAACUGCCCCCCCGAACCACAUACACACAAAACUUCUUAAAAAUUGUUUCUCUGUGUGUGUGUGUGUGUGUAUAUACACGUGAGCCACAUGUGUGCAGGUUCCCUUGGAGAGCAUCUGCUUCCUGGAGUGAAACUGGAGUUCCAGGCUGUUGUGAGCCUCCUGACACGGGUGCUGGGAACUGAACCCUGAUCCUCUGCAAGGUUAGUGUUCAGCUUAACCACUGAGCCAUCCCUCCAGCACCAUUAGCUAUCUUUGUUACAGCAUCCCUAGUAUUUUUUUGAAUUUCUGACUUGGAAUGACUGAUAUUUUGUUUCCCUGACCAUCAGUUUGUGCCAUUUAGAAUGAAGCAACACUUGUCACUGGAAUCUUUUUUUCUGAAAUGAUGACACCAUCCUAUUAGGGUUUUUAUUGGCCUAUAUUAUACAUAAUGGUGGGUUUCCUUUUUUAAAAAAGAUUUAUUUAUUAUGUAUACAAUGCUCUGUCUGAUUGUACACCUGCACACCAGAAGAGGGCACCAGAUCUCAUUAGAGAUGGUUGUGAGCCACCAUGUCUCACAGCCUGUAAUGAUGGCUUUCAUUUUACAUUUUCAUACAUGUCUCUGAUGGGUUUUCACUUUAUUUGCCAUCUCCACCAUCUUUGUCCUCCCCACUCCUACUAAUCCUAUUCCUGUUCCCAACUAGCCCUUCUUCUACUUUCACAUCUGUUAGAAAACAUUUUUGUUUUAUGUGUGUAAAUGUGUUUGCAUGUAUGUAUGUGUAUCUCGGUGUCUUGGGUCUUUCUGUGUGAGAGACAGUGAGAUUAGGGUUGCUUAUAGGAGCUGGGUGAGAAGUGUCUCCAGGAGCCUGGGCACCUUCCUAGAAGAUACACCACUGAAGAACAUGUUAGGACUGACUGCCUGUAGAUCUUGGGAGAGGUGGGGCCAUGUGCUCCCUUCCCUCUCUGACAGAAUAUUAAUGGCCCAACUUGGGGAAAUCUGGUGCAGGUAGUCAUGCUGCUGUGGGCUCAGCAGUGUCGUGGCUGUGCUGUGCCUAGAAGACAGUGGCUGUGCUGUGCCUAGAAGACAGUAUUCCACAGCACUCCACCCAUCCUCUGGGUCUCUCAGUCUCUCCCUCUUGCUCUGCCGCAUUGCCUGAGCCUUGCAGGUUUGCUGUUGUGUAGCUGAGUUCAGCAGUUGCUUGUUCUCAGCACUUCACCAGUUCCGGAGUGUGCAGCCCACCUGUUGGUCCGGAGCUUCUGGUCAGUGGUUCAGAUUGUUACAAUACAGCAUGUGGGUCAGAGUCUGUGCUCAGCGGUGUGCUUUUGAUGUCCUCAUGGAGAGCUCAUAGUGCCUCCCUCUGGGGUUGCCUUGAAGCUUAAAUCAUAUGUGUAAAGUAUGGAGAGCUGUACCCCACCCACAGGUGUCUUGAGUGGCCGUCUAUUGCCAUCACUUCACUCCAAGUCUACAGUAUAGUGUAGUUUGUGUGAAGCAGAGUGUUAUAUAUGCAGUAUGCCUCUGCCUUUGAUCUUCUGUCCUGUGAGCAAGCCCCAUUUGAGAGGUAAAGAAACAAUCUCAAUAAAAUUGAAACACUUCCAUUUUCAAAGAAAGCGUAGAGUUUCCAGGCUGGUAAGGGAGUGUUGCCCAAGAUCGUUCAGGCUCUGCUCGUCUGGCAUCCAGUCUGCGGUCAUAUUGGUCAUAUUGGUCAUAUUCUUCUCCCCCCUGGCCCUCAGCCCUCUGGCUUUUCUCUCAGAGCCUUUUGUGAGAUACCUGGUGCUCCCUAUCACACGGAGCAUGCCUAUGCACAUCCAUGCUGUGGGCGUGACCUCUGAGCCUCCAAAAUGGAGGAUCAUUUGGCUGGGCUGGGCUGGGCUCAGCAUGCGGCCUCCAAGCCUGACCAGAGAGCCAGGCUUUGGCUGGAGGACAGGGCCUUUAUGGGAGUGUAUGCACUGGAUAGCCUAUCAUAAUGCAGACCAGUCCUCCUUCACAUGAUUCUGACUCAGUGAAAGGUGUCAGUGCUUGCCUAAGACAUUUUAUAGUGCCGAGGUUGUGUGUGACCUUCCGGUGAGCUUUCUGAGUGACAGAACUACUGAAAAUUUACUUGCAGAAGACUAACUGUAAAGAUUAGAGAAAUAGCAUUUGGGUUUGUCACUCAUCCAGCAGACAGAAGGUUCUCCAGUAGUUUACUAAUUGCCCUUCUUUUCUUUUUGUUUGUUCUAGACUGUUUGAAAAGAAGAAACUGGUAGGAACCAGACAUACACUGGGCCUGGAGGGCUAGGAUCUGUUGGGGAUGACGGUGGACAGUGGAUAUUCCUUUUCCAGGGGAGAAGACAUCCAUUAUCAGAGAAGAAGAUCAUGCAUUAUAUGUACCAAUUAUGCAAAUCGCUCGACCACAUGCACAGGUAGCUGGGAGGGGGUGCCUCCCCAGCAGCGUGCAGACUCUAGGCGGAGACUUGGGAUCACUGAGCAGGAUGUCCUGAAACUAGGGGACUUUGGGUCGUGCCGGAGUGUCUAUUCCAAGCAGCCCUACACAGAGUACAUCUCUACCCGGUGGUACCGGGCCCCAGAGUGUCUCCUCACUGAUGGGUUCUACACAUACAAGAUGGACCUGUGGAGCGCUGGCUGCGUGUUCUACGAGAUUGCCAGCCUGCAGCCACUCUUCCCUGGUGUAAAUGAACUGGACCAGAUCUCAAAGAUCCAUGAUGUCAUUGGUACCCCUUGUCAGAAGACCCUCACCAAGUUCAAACAGUCGAGAGCUAUGAGUUUUGAUUUUCCUUUUAAAAAGGGAUCAGGAAUACCUCCACUGUCAGCCAAUCUGUCCCCACAAUGCCUCUCCCUGCUGUGUGCAAUGGUGGCUUACGACCCUGAUGAACGAAUCGCGGCUCACCAAGCCCUUCAGCACCCCUAUUUCCAGGUGCAAAGGGCAGCUGAGACACAGACCCUGGCCAGCCACAGAAAAGCUUGCUUCUCCAAAAACCCCAUGGUCCCAGAGUCACCCAGUCACAACUGGCCAUUCUCAAAGGAGUGCAGAAAGCAGAAGCAGCCCCUGAGGCAAGAGGAGGGCCACACCAGAAGACAAAGGCAAGCCAGCCUGAUGGAGUUGCCCAAACUGAGGCUGUCUGGAGUGACCAAACUGUCCUCGUGCUCCAGCCCAAUGCUGCGCUCAGUGCUGGGCACUGGCACAAAUGGAAGAGUCCCUGUGUUGAGACCCUUGAAGUGUGCUGGUGUGAACAAGAAGACAGACACGCAGAAGGACAUGAAACCUCACCUGAAACAGUAUCACCUACCCACGAUCAACAGGAAAGGGGGCGAAUACUGACCAGCACACCACCUGCUGACCCUCUUGGAGAGCAAGAGCAGGCACCAAAGCAGGCUUAGGCCUCGGCGGCUGAGUGGAGGGCCAGAGGACGCCGUGUGCUGGCGUUCCUCACCCUGUGUGGUGGCCCAGGACAUGCUGUGUUUGCAGCUGUCUGUAAGACGUCCUGGAGCCUUGUGUGUACAACCCCAAAGCAGCUGUACUCAGUAUUCCAGUUUAAUAUAUUUGUGAAACCACCACACUCCAGGGUUUAUUUCAUUUGCAUAAUGUCAGGGUUUGAGGUGACCUUCUAUGAAUCCACAGAGCAGACGGCGUGGUAGCUCAUGCCUGCAAUUCCGCCCUGGGGAGAUGGAGGAGGAAGAGCCCUUCGGAUUAUCUCUGCCUCAAAAAACAAAUAAAAGACCAAUAUCUCUGUGAUGACUGACUUAGGCUUGGUUGAGAGGCGGCUGUGCACCGUGCACCUCAGGGUCUCCCGCCUGGACUGGCAGGUGUGGCCGUGGUACCUCACGGGAAUGCUGGAGACUGUCACUAAGUAAGGUACUGUGGCAGUAUCUUAUCACAGUGUUCUCCACAUAAAUGUGUUUUGAGCUACUCCUCUGUGACAGCUUUCCAGAGCUGCAGAUGGCUGGGCUGACAGCCCCCACCCCACCCCUGGCAGGGCAGGCCUCUGGUGUCCUCCCAGUGCCAGCUUGGAGUGAUGUGUGUUGGCUGCCAGUCGCUAGGCUCCCUGAGAGAUGCACAGCCAGUUGUCAGGUUGCCGGUGUUGCUUGGAGCAGGUAGGAAAGUUGGGCACCUUGUGCCUGGAAAAAUUAAGAGGGGCUAGGGAGAUGGGGAGCGGGUAAGGGUGCUUGCAGCGUGAGAAGGGCACCAGAACUCGGAUCUGUAGUGUCUACAUAAAAAGCUGGGUACUGUUACACCCCUGUAGCCCAUCACUGGAGGAGGGAAGAGUGCCAGAUGGGGCAAAGACAGGAGGGUCUCUGGGGCCUUCCGGCCAGUGAUGGACCCAAACCAAACUGCAAGCUCCAGCUCCAGUGAGAGCCUCUCUCUCAGGGGAAUGAAUGGCGCAGACAGUAAAUGGCACACCGGGUGUCCUCCUUGGGCUAACCACACGCAAGUACACAGCCUAUGGGAGGGGGAUGGAAACCCUGUACAGGACCGCACUGAGCGGACUCAGAGCAAAAGCGCCGUCAGACAGCUGGAUAAGACCUUCCUAAACCUGUUAGCUUUUGCUGUGUUUGGGGGCUGGAACCCAGGGCGCGUGUGCUCCAUAGCACUCUUGGCAGCAGCCUCGCCUCUGCUCAGCCCUGUGGAACAAAGGAAUCAAGUUUGCCUUGUUUUAUCUUUUCAAAUCUAUGCCAUUUAAAAAGGGAAACUUCCCAGGAAAGUGUUCUCAAAUCUCUGACCUGCUUCCUUCAGGACUCUACUGACCCAAGCCUCAGGCCACAGGUGGGUGUGAGGGGGCAGUGCCGGGAGCCAAAGGGCAGUGACGCUGUAGGAGGGUGUGGGACAGCAGAGGGCAGUGUGGGCACGGAGCACUGUAGGUAUGGCUGUCCAGCACAGGCAUGGAGACUGGAUAUGAGGGUUAGAGUGGACAGAGCCAGGGACGGCAGGUGUCCCUGGCAUGGAGGAGAGCACCUACCAGGGAAGGACUGUCCUGCCUCUCUGAUGCUUUAGGAGCCUCCGUCCAGUAGGCAUUAGCCAGGCCAGCAGAAGGGACCCAGAGAUGAAAGCUAGUUCAGUAUGACAGGAUGGCCUGUUGGAGCUGCAAGGCUGGCAAGCUGGCCUGAGCUUGCGUAGGUGUUAGGGCAGAGAAGCAGUCCUUAGAAGGCUGCAGAAAGGACUGGAGAGAAAGCUCUUGGCUGUCUCUGCCUCCUGUGGGCCUAGCAUAGCCACCCAGUUCUCCGUGGGUUCUCCCACGCAGCAGGAUUUGAACAGCAACCUCUCCCCAUUUUUGACUUGUCACCACAGCAUUCUUCGACAGAAAGGCAAAGAAGCCUCACCAUGCUGACUUCAACCUAACCUGCUCGCAGACGCAAUGUUCCCUCUUCUUAGCCCCACCCAUGGAGCAGCACUCACCAAGUCCUCCAGCCCUAGAGUUAUCCAAGGUAAACUGGG